AUGGGUUCUACACCUACCUUGGCCACCUUUGGAGAAUUAACUCUUCAUAUUUCUCCAGUCACUGCUGGCAGUUGGAGCUCUGGCAAUGAAGGUCUAGUGGUUGUUGUCGUCGGCGAGGCUUCAGUCACUGGCGGUGGUGCUAUGGCAAUAGUGGUUGACCCUUACAAUCACUUGAAAAAUUGGUCCAACUCAUCAUCUUCCUUUUGCAAAUGGUUUGGAGUCACAUGUGAUUCUAACAUUGAGAGAGUGACAAUCCUGAGUCUUCCUGAGAUGGGUUUUGAAGGCACCUUACCCUCACAAAUUGAAAAUCUGUCCUUCCUAGAAAAACUUGAACUGCAAAGCAACAACGUUCAUGGUGGGCUGCCAAAAGAGUUGCUUCAAUUGCACAAACUAGAAAUUCUAAACUUGAGUUAUAACACAUUUAGUGGAGAUAUUCCAACUUGGAUUGGGAGCUUGUUUAUGCUUCAACCCUUGUAUCUUGGCAAUAAUAGUUUUGGAGGUCCCACUCCUCAAAGCAUAUACAAUUUGUCUAAGUUGGAGACCUUGGAUAUGAUGUCUAAUUCUAUAAAUGGAUCUAUUCCAUUGGAUAUUGGAAGACUCUAA